CGCGCGGUGAGGAGUGGAGCGGACGGGCGGCCGGCCGGCGGCAGCGAGCACGCGCUGGCCGCCGAACACGGCUCGUCGAUUUGUAGCCGAGCAGCCGAGUUGGUGGCGCGUCGCCCGGCGGGAUGGGCGCCCGCCUCGCGCGGUGAAACAAAGAGCACGUGCCGGGGCGCGCGCGCCGCGCGAUGGUGUCGCUGGAUCAGGACGGCGAGCAGUGCGGCAAGACGGAGAAGGGCGGCGGGGCGGAGCGGGGUGACGACGAGGAGGCGAUGCGAGGCGACCUGAAGGCCGAGCCGUCGCCGGCCGUGGGCGCGGAGGCCGGCCGGCCGGCCGCGGCCGAGGCGGACGCCGACGCGGCGCCUCCGCAGCCCGAGUACGACGACUUCGCGAUGCCGGUGGCUGGCAAGUCGCGCCUUGUGCGUGGCCGCGGCUGGCGCGGCGCCGACGGCGAGUACGUGCGCUACAAGUGCUUCGACGACGACACUGAGUACCUGCCCGGAGACUCAGUGUACAUCGAGAGCCAGCAGAAAGACCAGCCGUACUUCAUCUGCACCAUUCAGGACUUCCGACGGAGCAAGCGGGACACGUUGAUGGUGAAUAUCAAGUGGUUUUACCGGGUGUGUGAGCUGCCGGAGAACGUGUACCAGCUGCUGGUGCAGGACCGCACAACGGAGCACGACUCGGGCUUGGCCGUGCAGGACCCGGCCGUCAAGCACCGCGAGCUCUUCAUCUCCGACGCCACCGACACAUUCCCCGUCGCAGUUCUCAGGGGCCCGUGCAAGGUGAUCCACUACAGCGACGUGCGCAAGGUGCGCGAGUACGCGCCGGCCACCGACACCUUCUUCUACGUGCUGACGUACAACCCGGAGACCCGCAGGCUGGCGUCCACGCAGGGCGAGAUCCGGGUGGGGCCAUCACACCAGGCGAAGCUGCCCGAGUACCGAGGCAGCCCCCACGCCGGCAUCCCGCCACGGCCGACGGGCGCCGAGGAGGAGCGGCUAUGGGCGCCGGGCCGCGCCGCCGACUCGGACCUGCUCAUGUUCCUGCGCGCCGCCCGCUCGAUGGCCGCCUUCGCCGGCAUGUGCGACGGUGGCAGCACGGACGAGGGCUGCGCCGCCGCCAGCCGCGACGACACCACGCAGAACGCGCUGGACGUGCUGCACCACUCGGGCUACGACCAGGGCGCGGCGCUGCAGGCGCUGGUCAAGAGCCCGGUGCCGGUGGGCGUGCACCAGCGCUGGACGGACGAGGAGACGAAAAAGUUUGUGAAGGGAUUGCGGCAAUAUGGGAAGAACUUCUUUCGUAUAAGGAAGGAGCUUUUAGUACACAAGGAGACGAGUGAGUUGGUGGAAUUCUACUACCUCUGGAAGAAGACGCCCGGUGCGCAGGGCAACCGACCACGGAAUAUCGCCCGCCACCGGCGCGCCAACGGUAUUCGGCGCAUCAAGAACAGAAAGGGCGCCAACAAGACUCACAAGGACGAUCCCGCGGCGAUCGGCUGUGACCUGAGCUCGGCCAGCGAGGCGGAGAAUGACGACUCGGAUGACUCUGACUCCAACCUGCGCGACUUGUCCGGCUACCACUGCCGCCACUGUUUCACCACUUCGUCCAAGGAUUGGCACCACGCCGGCAAGGAGCACGCGCUGCUCUGCACCGGCUGCCGGCUCUACUUCAAGAAGUACGGCCAGCUGCCGGACGUGAAGGAGCCGCGCGAGCCGCCGUUCGCACUGCAGCCGGCGCGCGAGGAGGCCGGACGCAUGCGCACCAGGACCCGCGCCAAGGAGCUGACGCGAGGUCACCGGCCCAAGCGGACGAGCAGCAGUCGGGCCAACACGCCGUCGGACGCCGGCCGGCAGUCGCCGGGCGGCGGCAGCUCGUGCUCGGCCAGCAGCUCGUCCGACAAGUCGCGUGCUAGUUCGCAGCCGCAGCGGACGGCCUCGCAGGCGGCCAAGCGGCCCGGCAGCAGGCUAGACGCCGCCGACGUCAAGCCCGACAAGAAGAAGAAGCGCGCCAACUACACAUCGGGCGACGACAGCCUGAGCGACUCGGCCAGCGACGCGGAGGCGGGCACAGACGCGCCCGACGCCGACUUGCCCUCGUCGGAGACCUCGUCGCCGUCGCUGGACGAGCAGCAGGCGGAGCUGGACGAGCCGCCGCGCCCGCAGAAUCUGACGGUGAAACAAGAGCCGCGCAGCGACUCUGAGGAGCCGCCGCGGCCGGCGCCGCCGCCGCUGACCGCUGUCAAGGCAGAGCCGCGCACGGAGACGGCACUCACUUCGCUGGCGCUGACGACGGCGGCGCCGGCGGAGCGGCCGGCCAUGCCCGUAUACCCGCAUCACAUGUACGGCUACCAGUACCCGUACCCAUACCCGUACGGAGGCUACCCGGUGCGACCGGCGGCCGGCGCGCCGGGCGAGACGCUCGACUUGCGCAAGAGCGAGAGCCGUGAGACCACCGUGGCCAGCAACGCCGUGUCGGUGGUGACGCGCACCGCGACGUCGCACGCGACCUCGUCGUCGGCGACGCUGGCGCCGACGGAGCGCGCGUCACCGCAAGCAUCGGCUUCGCUGUCGCUCUCGUCGACGGUGACCUCCACGAGACGGCCGCCAAGCCGGCCGAGCCGGCCGACGAGGAGGAGGAGGCGGGCGGCAGUCCUCCGGCUGGCGCGGCCGCCCAGCCCCGAGCCCAAGCUGGAGGACUCCGAGUGUCACCGCAGUCAGAGCGCCAUCUUCCUGCGCCACUGGAACAGAGGCGAGGCCAGCAGCUGCGCGCGCACCGACAUGACAUUCAAGCCGGUGCCGGACAGCAAGCUGGCCCGGCGCCGCGAGGAGCGCCUGCGGAAGCAGAGCGAGCGGCAGGAGCGCGAGCGGGCCGACCGUGACCGCGACCGCCAGCAGCAGCAGCGUAAGGAGGGUGCGGAGAAGCGUGAGAAAGGCUCGCCGCGCACGCAAGGCGGCGCUGGCGCCGGCGCCGGUGCCAGCGGCAGUGGAGGGGGAGGGGGAGCGGAACAUGACCGGCUGCCGGUGCGGCCGUCCGAGUCCGGUCUGCCCCGCCUCAGUGACUACGGCCGGCCCCUGUCUGUGAUAUCUCCCGGCGUGGCGCCCUACUCUUCGGGCGGCUUCUUACCGCCGCACAUGGACCCCAUGUACGCCAUGGCGCCCGGGCUGCCACCUGGCGUCUACCCUCGAGACAGGAUGGAGAUGGAGAUGCUGGAACGGCGCGAGCGCGAGAUCCGAGAACUCCGCGAGCGGGAUCUGAACGAGCGGCUCAAGGAGGAGAUGUUCAAAUCGCGCCCGCUCGACCCGCACUGGCUCGAGAUGCAGAGGCGGCAGAUGGUGCCGGGCGUGUUCCUGCCGCCGGGCGUCAUGUACCCGCCGCCGAUCAGCUGGCGCAGGUGGGUGCUGCUGGCGGCUAGUGACCAGUGGUCGCUGCGUCGGGUCGGGUGA